AUGAACCAGGAAGAAGUUAUGUCAAAACUGAAGAAGGAUGUUCGCUCCUUGCUUAUUUCGUCCAAGAUGGGCCUUGACCCCGAGCAGCUCAGACGAGACUAUGCUGGAAUUUUAGGGUAUCCCAUGCCCUUGAAACUCCUGGGUUUCAGAAACAUCAUGGAUAUGGUGAAGGAGAUGCCUGAUGUGGUGUCUAUUAACUUCAGGGCAGAUGGUAGCCCAUUCUUAAAGGCUGUUAGCGAUGAGUCCACCCGGAACAUUGAAGAGCUGGUAGCCAAGCAGCGCACGUCUAAGAUUGACAAGAAAGUCAGGAGGGGCGGCAUCAGCUACUUCUCGCCCCGCUACUGUCACCAGUCUCCCUUUGUGGUUCUUCCUAGAAGAGGUCGUGCUCCUCCAGCUGUCCCAGCCCAGCUCAGGGCACAGCUCCGCCUCCUGCUCUCCCAUGGUCCUCUCAGGUUAUCUGACCUGGAGUCCAGCUUCCUGCGGUGCUUUGGCCACCCCCUGCGUGUCCACAACUAUGGCUUCUAUUCCACUGGAGAGGUCCUGGAGGCAGUGGGGGACAUGGUCGUUAUCCAACAAGGGAGGCUGGGCUCAGUUCUUACCCUGAGGGAACACAUGCUACCCAGGCCUCUGCUCAGACCAUCCAGUUUACCCAGGAGGACUGAACCUAUAAAGUCAGGAUCACCUAGAUUUGACAAGCCAGCGUCCAAAGGGUUUGGCACCAGAGCUCAGACAUCAACAAUACCCCAAGCUGAAGUCCCAGUGAAGCAGAGUCCUCUGUCCCAGCCCUCUACUGAGACUACCCCAAGCCCUGUCUGUAAAGAGUCAACAACUGUCAGUAACAAGCCAAACACGGUUGAGAAGAACCAGGAAGCUGAACAAAAGCUCUGCAAGGAAGGUCAACUCUUUCAGAAACGUGUCCUUGAGCUGGAAGAGGAGCUCCAGCAGCGAAUCCUGGAGAAUGGAGUAGCUGGCACCAUUAGUCAGGAGCUGAAGGACAAGUUGCGAAAGGUUGUAGCUCAGACCAGCGGUGGAAUAUCGGUGCACGAUUUACCUGCUGAGUAUAAGAAGCUUUUUGGUGAGGAGCUGCCGCUGCUACAGAGUGGCUUUGUCAGUGUCACUGAACUUGUUGGUGCCAUGAGUGACACUUUCCACCUGAAAUCUGAAGGGGGUGACAACAGAUGCCACUGGAUUGUCACGGACAUACAGGACAGUAGUAUUGCACAGUCAGACUCAAAUGAAUCAGGGGGUUUUGGUAAUGGUGUGAAGCUGCCAUUUAGGAGCUUCUACUUCAGCUGUGAAGAGUCUCCUUGGGAAGGCAAACAGGGAGCAGACGACGAUAACAUCCCAGCACAUGACGAGAAUGAGGAGAAUGAGGAGCUAGAGACCAGUAACAAUUCCAAGAACCAAGAAAUGGACGUGUACCCUGCCAUUCAGGUGCAUAGCAGCCCUGCUGUGCCCCUGGAUGCCCUGCAGAGUCAAUGUCUCAGACCGCCGACGCGCCGUGGUGCUCGAGAGCUGGUAGAGGUUCUGGUGGAAAAGGUGGAGUCACCAGGACAUUUCUACAUCCGCUUCAGCGAGAGCAAGGAGGCGCAAGCUAUGGAUGACAUGAUGAUUGAGAUGAGGCGAUGUUACACCUGUCCCGAGGUGUCAGAGCGCUACCGCCUCCCUGAGCGGUUUGUCCGACGGGGUCAGAUCUGCUGCGUGUCACCUAAAGGAAUGUGGUUCUACCGGGUGGUGAUCCAUCAGAUCAUCAGCCCCACUCAAGUUGAAGUGUUCUAUGUCGACUUUGGCGAUACAACUGUUGUGCAGAGCGCCAACCUCAAGUUCCUGAAGUCAUGUUAUUCGGUUCUUCCAGCACAAGCUGUUCCAUCAUCACUCGCUGGAAUUAAACCCACCACUGGCAGCUGGACUGCUAUGGCCACAACUUCUUUCCAGAAGCUGUGCUCUGAUCGCACCUUGGUGGGAGCUCUGGAGUGUUACACUGGAGAUGUGUUGCAGCUCUACUUGUGUGACACACAUACUGAUAACGACAUCUACAUCCACACUGUCCUGCUGAGCCAGGGACACGGGACACCCUGCAGCCCUGCAGCCAGUGCAGCGCUGUGUGUCCAGGUCAGUCCAGUGACUCUCUACCUGGGGGAGGGAAAGGUUGACCUGCCAGAGUUAGGAGAGGAGAUGACCUCCUGCCCUCAGCCAGAAAACACUCCUGAACAGUCCAUGUCAGCCUCACGGAAGGGAGAAAAAGAAGAGCUUCCCGCCCUGGAGUUUAUAGAAGACAAUGAGGUCAGCCCCCACAUCCAGGUUAAGCAGGUCAACCCGUUCAGUGCUCUGCUAAAUGAUGAAACCCUCAACUGUAGUGAACUGGGCUGGGCCUUGACCAAUAAAUCUCCUCCUACCAACCCUACAAAUCCCACUUCCAGCCGUCUUGCCCCUCCUGACCUGAUCCAGACCAAGACAACCCCAGUUCACUGUAAAGCUGAUGUUAAACCAUUGGGCGUGACUGUUCCAACAACUCCGUCCAGCAUUUAUUCCAGCUCCUGCUGUCCAACACUCGAAGAGGAGCAGCACCAGCCGAAGGUCGCUGCCCCCUUGUUGGUCAAGCCCCCUCCGAUCCUGAGGACCCUGAGCCUCCACACCCCUGACCUGGGCCAAAUCCAGAACUUCACUCGGGGUGUACCUGUUUCUCCACUCCACCUGCGAAACAGUGGCAUCCUAUUUCCUUUGUUUGGGGCCAGGUAGGUCGCACCUCCUGCAAUCCGCCCCAAACCAACUCCUAACCCAAAUGCACGAAUGAGUCAAAACACAAAAGAAGGAAUAUUUAGAGUAUUCAUUCAUAACUAAUAAACUAUCUGAUAAAAUAUCUUAACACUCUUGGAGAAUCCAGUUACAGAAUCAUUUUGUCAGCAAGGACUUUAGUUAUACACAGACAGUAAAAAAAAAAGUAAAAAUAUUUUUUAUAAGACGUUAAUUUACAUGUCAUUUUAAUCUCAUCUCGAUCAGUUAAAUUGUAUGUUGGGCUCUGUUAGUUUGAUAUCGCUGUCAUUGUACCACUUUCCUAACAGUUUGGUCUCGGA